AUGAUGCUCACAACAUCCUUUUUCUCACACCAAAUGCCGCACUACUCCGCAUACACGCCACCGCGCUCAUCACCACUAUCUGAGCGCUCCGCAAAUGCAGCCCCACGAACCUUCGACUUCACCAUGUCGUCACCUCUUAAGGAGAAGUCGGCGAUGCCACAACGCGCGUUCAAGGCCAAUCCGGUGAUGCAGACGCGCGACGCCACGACGAAGCGCAGGAGGGACAUGUUCUUCAAGCGCGUGCAAAACAACCGGGACGACAAGACGUGGGAGUCGCGAGGCGAACAGAUUCAACAACUAGACUUCGUAUCUGAGCGGAAGCGCUGGGAAGCCGAGAAAGCGCGUCAAGCGCCCCAGGAGAAUGACGAUAUCGAUGAAGAGACCAUGGACGACGCGCCGCUACCUGUACUCCCAACUUACGCGCCUCAAUCGGAUCCCGAGAUGACCGAAGCCGACUACGUCGCCGCACAGGAAGAGUACGAGCUACAGCAAUUGAUCGCGUCAAUGGAGCAAGAAUCGGAUGCACGGUCACAGCACUAUGGUAGCGAUGACGACGACUAUGAUUCCAUCUUCAUGGAGUGUGCGACAGCGGGGCACGAUCAGCAGCAACCGCAACGCGCGCUAGACGCGUUCGGAGGGGACGCGAUGGAUAUGGAUAUGAUGGAUUGCUGA